AUGAGUGACAAAAAAUCUAAGAAGGCUUGUGAAGUUUGCAAAAGACGAAAAAAGAGAUGUUCCGGAGGUCGGCCAUGCGACUACUGCAUCAAGAUCGACAAGCAACUAGCUUGCACAUAUCGUGUCAAAGUAUCCUCUAAAACAGUCAAGGUUACGGAAAAGUAUCUUGUUAAUUUAAAGUCCAAAAUUAAAGACUUGGAGCUUCAACUUGCCACACGAUCCAAUUGCCAUCCAAAUGAUGUGUCUACUAAUGACAACCCGUUAGUUAGCAGUGAAGAUGAUGAAGAGGAUCGGGACGGGAUGGACGAUCCAUCAGAAGGUAAUAAUUACUAUCGUUUGGGAAAUUCAGCUUGUGGCAAGUUCUUGUUAAGAAUUAAGGACUCGCUAGGGAAAUCAUGUCAAUUGCGGGGUGAUGUGCGUCCAUCAGUAAUUGAAACAAUUUCUUUGGAAACGUCUCCAAAUAUGGCACUGAUUGAACAAAUUGUACGGGAAAACUGCCCCUCUCCCUCAGAAGCCAAGAACUGGAUUUUGGCCGCUUCUAACGUGAUUGGUGCAGAUUAUAUGUAUAUAGAACCUGAUUACGAGAAAAGCGUAUUGGAUGAACUUAUAUGGACCAGUGAUUCGCAUAAUGCUGACUUUGUCAAGUACGCAACAGAGGUUACAAGGUUUUUCACGUACCUGGCUCUAGGAUGUCUCUUCAACAAAGAUCGGUCUCCUGAGAAGACCGGCUCGAAAUUUCCCGGAUUGCAGUACUUCGAGACAGCGUUGAGACUCCAAA